UAUCUGAUUAGCAGGUAGGGCCGCUUCUGCAGGACAGCUUCUGGACUGCUUUCCCAUUUCCUCUGCUUGCAGUAGUUCUGGUGUUUUUUUUUGCUUUAGGAGUUUGCAUCUCACAUUCUACAGUUUUGGGACUAUAUUUUAGCCUCUUUUUUCCCCCCUUUCUUUAACUGUCUGGAUAAUGGUUGCGUAUGAUUCUUGUGUGAGCCAUGCGGAUGAAUUAUGCAACGCUUUUGCAUAAGCAUCCCAGGAUAAACAUGACAAACCUCUGUCACUGUUUGCCGCAGCUGACCUCCCACCGCCUCCUGCUCACCUGAGGUCCCAAACCUAGCCGUCAACAUCCCAACCCACCAAAAAUGUCCUCCCACAAACGCAACUUCCAGUGCUUCAAUGCUGUCGGGGGAGAGGGCAGCCACAACCCUUCCCUCCCCUUCAAGCAUCACACCCCCCAGCUGCCCAGGAUCUCCCAACAUGGCAUGACAGCCCAUCACGACCUCCUGGAUGAAUGCUACCUCUGUGCCGAAUACAGACACGCCCAGGCCGUGGAGGCAGUGGAGAGCCAGUCGUUACCUUUCUAUCACGCUCACCCACCGUAUCACCACUAUCAUCCGCAUCAGUAUGUCCUGCCAAGCAGACCCGAACAGGCACCCUUGGGGCACGAACGCCACAGUCACCAUCACAGACAUAACAAGAGGGUGGUGCUGGUGAAGAACAGUGACCCCUCCUUCAGGAGGACCAUCAUCUUGUACCGCAGGAGUCUGCGCAGCUUUGGUCUUUUCUUGGAGGAGGUUUCUGAGCUCAUGCAGUUCCACAUCAGGAAAGUCUACACUCAGGAAGGCCGCAAGAUCGACAGCAUUCAGAGUCUCCUGCAGUGCCCCGGUGUUCUUGUGUGUGUGGGACGGGAGCCCACUCAUCCUUCCAUCAUGGAAAAUUUCCAGAAAACAUCCAUUGACAAACUUCCAAAGCUGAGCGUGAAGCCGCGCUCCACUGGCUGCAGCGAUGAACACGAGAGACUCACCACAAAGCAAACCUUCAUCCUUCCAAAUAUAGAGCCUGACAACAGAGCCACCAAGCAGUCCGUGUCGUCCGACAAGUCCGUUCCGGAUGGGACGGACUCCCCGGACGCCGUUGAUUCCUCCCCGCCCGCCGGUGACUGCGCGAAAGAAGAAGACAUACAGAAACGGGUUCGCGUUAACAAGGACGGCAGUUUGUCCAUGGAGAUGAAAGUGCGCUUCAGACUGCAAAACGACGAAACUUUACACUGGUCGACUAAAGUAAAGAAAACUGCAGGUGGGACCUGCGAGUACGUCCAAGGGCAAAGUGACCCCUAUUUUUCGCAGGUUAGUGACAGGAAUUCGGAAUCUGAAAACGUCUCUGCUGACGAGGCGUACGUCACUCAGCGCUAUCGAAGGCAUAUGGAGGAGCCUCACUGCCCUCACUGCUGCAGUCACUGCCAGGAUUAUGACAUGUGGAAAAACGUACCUGGGACACAUGGUGGAAGCCGCCGUAUUCACACUUCUAGCUCGAGCGCAUCCUCGCAUACGAUGGUCUCUCGAAAGACAGUGGUAGAAAGGCAGACGGUGUCCAGAUCAAGUGAAGAGAUGGCAGAUCAAGUAGUGGAGCGGCAAAUGUGUGUGAAGGAGACUAUCGAGGCAGCUGAAACUGUGGAGUAUUGCACCAUUAGGAGUGAGAUGAGCUCAUCAAAGUGCGAUGUUCAGUCUGUUGGAUUGUAUGACCCAAAUGAUCAGCGUAAUUUGAAUGCUGCUCAAACAUCAGAGCAAGAAGACCAAGCUGAAGCUUCUAAGAAUAGCAACUCAGAAACAAAAGAGACCACUGAAGGUGGUUUGUUGGACGCAGGGUCGCCGAUGCCGCAGCCGUCCACCAGCCCCACAGGCUCUAGCAAGUCCAGAAAUUCAACAACAUCCCACGUCUGUCAGUGUGGCAGAUCUGUGGACCAGGACGAUGAAACAAAUGGAGAAGCCGAGACACAAGCUGAAGAGGAGGGUGAGAUACAAUCAAGUGCCAUGUCUGACAAAUCAAAUGCCUCUUGCUCAUCAAAUGAGUCUGCAGUGCAACGAUGCAACGAUAAAGACGGGAGGGGGUCCAAAAGUGCCAUGUCAGUCCGCUCGAAUGCCUCAACAAGAUCCAGAUCUGUUGUUUUAGAGGUUGCAGCAGAAGGAAUGCAAACAGGUGAUGAUGAGGAAACACAGGAGAGGCCAUCUAGCAGCAAGUCUGCAAAGUCUUAUGUGGAAACGGAAAGAGCGUUGAGCUCUAUAUCAGCGAGAUCCAAAGUAUCAAUCAACUCAAAAGCAUCAAGAGUAUCCUCUGUUUCAGGUGAAAAUCAAUCGGAGUAUGAAUCAGAGUCACCCAGUGCCAUGUCAUCAAUAUCAAAUGUCUCUGCAGAAUUAAAACACAUCACAUCUGAGGCAUCUGAGGAAGAAAGCAAUGAAGAAGAUGAAGAAGAUGAAGAUGAAGAAGAUGAAGAUGAAGAAGAUGAUAGUGAAAAUGAGCUGAGAGCACAAAGCGCAAAAUCAGAGAUGUCCAAUGUUUCAGGAAAGUCAGGAUUGUCUGAGGCUGCACCUAAAGAAAACUUAGAGGCCGAUCUAGAUGAAAAUAAGGCGGGUGAAAGAACACAAAGUUCAUUAUCUGCUAAGUCUGCCAAAUCAAAUAUAUCUACAGCUAUAAAAUCAACAGGCCAGGAAGAAACAACUGUAAGAACAACUAGUGCUAUGUCAACUAAAUCCAAUGCAUCUGCAAUAUCUAGAAAAUCCAAGAGCCCUCAGCCUCACGCUAAAGAAGCUGCGGAUAUGUCCGAUGACGUAAAGAUAGAAGCUGAGAAGGAGCAGAGACCACAAAGCACGCUGUCAGUAAAAUCAGCAAAGUCUGCAAAGUCAGAUAAGUCUGCAAAAUCUAGCAAAUCUAAAAUAUCCGAUGUUCCAAAUAAUGAAAAUGAUGAGGAUAUUGAAGAUGAUGAAGAAAGUGAAGGAAGAGAAAUAAGUUGUAAUGAUGAUAUUGAGGAAACAGUAGACACCGCUGAAGGCAGGUCUAGUGCCAUGUCAGCUGCGUCAAAAUCAUCGGCGUUAUCGAGUAAGUCAAAGGCCCGCUCAGAUGGGCUCAGAGAAACCAGCAAUGAUGAAAAAGCAACAGAAAGAGCGGGGAGUGGCAUGUCGGUAAAAUCUGCUAGGUCAAAUACUUCUGUACGGUCCACAAAAUCGAAAGCUUCUGAAGUUCCCCAAAAACACAGUGACAAUAUCAGUGAUGAAGAAGAUGCUCAGCAAGACACCGCCGGGAGAUCAAGUUGCAUGUCAGAAAAAUCAGUCAAAUCAAACAUUUCAGCAAAAUCAAGCAAGUCAAAACAUAUCAAUGAGUCAGACGGAGAAGAUGAAGCAGAGGAAGAGGAGGAGGAGGAGAGGGCACUGUCAGUGAAAUCAGCAAAGUCACAUGUGUCAGCAAGGUCAACGCGAUCAAAUGCUUCAGCUAAAACUAAUCAGUCAAAGCCCGGUGAUGUUUCAGCGGAAGGACAUGAUGCUGAUCACGGAGAAAGAGCUCCAAGCAAUAUGUCCAGCGUGUCUGCAAAGUCUUCAAAGUCAAACACUGAAAUCGUGAAAUCAGUUCCAAUUGUAAUCAGUAGUGAUGCUUCUGAGGAAGGAGUUACUAAAGAAGAGGCGGACGUGAGAUCAGUCAGCUCGAUGUCUGCACAGUCUGCUAAGUCAAAUGUGUCUGCAAGAUCAAACAAGUCACGUGGCUCCACUCGUCCUCCAGCUGAUGGAGACUCUGAGGUCCCUCCUGAAGAAAACGAUGGAGGGCCUGAAGACAGAGCAGCGAGCAGCAUGUCAGCCAAAUCAGCUGAGUCACAUGCAGAGAGAACGCCGAGCGCUCUGUCAACUAAAUCGUCAAAAUCACAGGCUUCUAGAAAAUCUGUCAAAUCAGAUACUUCUAAAGUUGGUUCAAGCAGAAGUCCUGAUGAAAGAAACAAUGAUGAGGAAACUCCGGAGAGAGCGCAGAGUGCUCUGUCAACCAAAAGUGUACGGUCCAAUUAUUCUGCAAAGUCCACUAAGUCAAAAGGACAGGAUGGUCCAGCGGAGGAAAACGUGUCUGAUCACGAGGACCAUCUGGAGAGAUCUUCAAGUAAUCUAUCAGUGAGGUCUGGAAGAUCAAAUGUCUCGACAACAUCUAAGAAAUCCAAAGGUGUGGAAAGUUUCUUGGAAGAAAAUCCUGAGGAAAGAAUUGUGGAAGGAGAGAGUGAAGGCCGACCGGUGUCCGCUCAGUCGGUGGACUCCAGUGUUUCUGCAAAAUCCAACAAAUGCAAAAGAUCGGCUCAUGCUCCACAGGAGGAAGGCUCAAGGAACCUCGAUGAAGGAAAUCUCAAAGCGCAAGCUGAGGAGAGACCACCAAGCUGCAUGUCAGUCCAGUCAAAUGUUUCAAAAAUCUCAAUAAAGUCUGCAGAACGACCAGCAAGUGCUCUGUCAGCGAAAUCAGCAAAGUCACGCGCUUCAGCAAAAUCAGUCAAAUCAAAUGUCUCUGACCUUAAAUCUGCCCUAACCCCUGGAGAAGAGGAUGCUGAUGAAACUCAAGAGAGAGCACAGAGUGCUUUGUCAGUCAAAAGUGCAAAGUCAUCAAAUUCUGCUAAAUCUACUAAAUCUAAAGGAGUGGAGGAUCUGGCAGAGGGAAACAUAUCUGAUGAGAAAGAGCAUGUGGAGAGAGCUCCGAGCAAUUUGUCAGUCAAAUCAGGAAAAUCCACAAAGUCAAAUAUUUCAACAACAUCUAAGAAGUCAAAGGUUUCUGAUGUUUGCUCGGAGGCUGGAACAGAGGAUCUUGAGGACAGAAUUGUUGAAGGGGAGAGUGAAGAGAGAUCUAAGAAAUCGCAAUCCUCAACAGAUAUUCUGGUGGAAGGCGGCUCGGCAGCCGAUGAUACAGAGAGUAACAAAGGUGAGGAGAGACCAUCGAGCUGCCUGUCAGCCAAAUCACUCCAGUCAAAUGUUUCAGAAAUGUCAAUAAAGUCUGCAGAAAGACCAGCGAGUGCUCUGUCAGCGAAAUCAGCAAAGUCCCGUGCUUCUGCAAAAUCAGUCAAAUCAAACCUUUCUGUUCGUUCAGUCCAAGACCCUGAUGAAAGUAACAAUGAGGAGGAAACUCCCGAGAGAGCACAGAGCGUUCUGUCAGCAAAAAGUGCAAAGUCAGCAAAUUCUGCAAAAUCUGCAAAAUCAAAAGGAGGUCCGGCAGAAGAAACCGCGGCUGAGGACAACAAACAUGUGGAGAGAGCUCCAAGUAAUUUGUCAGUCAAAUCAGGAAAAUCCACAAAGUCAAAUAUUUCAACCGCAUCAAAGAGUUCAAAAGUUUCUGAGGUUUGCUCAAAGGGUGGGGUCAAUGAUUUUGAUGAGAGAAUCGUUGAAGGAGAUAGUGAAGGAAGACCUGUGUCCGCCCGGUCAGGCGACUCAAAAAUGUCAAGUAAGUCAAAGCGCUCCUCUCGUGUUGAAGUUGAAGGAAACUCAGAUGACAUCUCCGAUGAAGAAGAGCCCGACAAAGAAAGACCAUCGAGCAGCAUGUCAGGCAAAUCAGUCGAGUCAAAUGUUUCAGAAAUGUCUAUAAAGUCUGCAGAGCGACCACCAAGUGCUCUGUCAGCGAAAUCAGCAAAGUCCCGUGCUUCAGCAAAGUCAGCCAAGUCAAAAGUGUCUGAUGUUAAAUCUGUAGUAACUCCCGUUCUUCCGAAUGAAGAAGAUUCUGAGGGUGAAGCUAAAGAGAGGGCAAAGAGUGCCAUGUCAACCAAAUCUGCUAAGUCGAGGACUUCUGCUAAAUCUACCCGGUCAACGAGACUUGAUGGCCCAGAUGAAGAAACUGGAGCUGAUAGUGAAGAACACACAGAGAGAGCUUCAAGCCAUCUGUCAGUCAGAUCAGGAAAAUCAGCUAAAUCAAAUCGAUCAAAGGCAUAUGCAUACCCUGAUACCACAAAUGAAGAUAGUGACGACGAGCUGAGUGAGGAACGAGCAUAUAGCUGCGCAUCGGACAGAUCAGCCCAGUCUCACGCUUCUGAGAGGUCUAUAAAGUCUCCAGGCCGACCACUAAGUGCUGUGUCAUCUAAAUCAGUGAAGUCACGUGUUUCAACAAAGUCAGUCAAGUCAAAUGUUUCCACUCAUCGGUCUGGCACUGCUGCUGAGCAUCCUGAUGAAGACGAGGGUGCAGAUGAGAGUGAGGAGAGAGCACACAGUGCUCUGUCAGCCAAAACUGCAAAUUCUACCAAGUCAAAAGCACCGGAUGGUCCAGCAGAUGAGAAUAUCAUCAAGGAUUUUUGUGAGAGUUCGGCAGCCACAGAGACAAAGUCAAACUCGUCAAAGAGGAUGGUGAACGGUCAGCUGGAGGUUACGGACACGAGCGUCGCUGAUACGAGUGACAAAAGCUCCACGCACAAGACAAAGGGUGCUGAUGACUUUGAUCUGGUCCCAUCCAUCCUCCCCAACGCAUCCCCCACUGAGGUGGUAAAUGAAUGGCUGAAAACAAUACCAGCCGAUGGAGAGAUAUAUGACAUGGAGGAACUCACGGAGAACUGUGAUGAGCAAAAAAAGGGUCCCACCGCAGAGGAAGUCAGUAAAGAGGAGGAUGAGAAGAAAGACGAGUCGGCAGCUGAUGAGUCAAAUGACACAGGUGAAGGAGAUGGGCUGAACAGUGUCCCUAAUAAUGACUGCCAAACGAGCGCAGAGGCCCCAAAUGAAGAUAAUACUCAUGGGGAUGAUACUUCAAAAAUAUUCCACUCCUCCAUACACGUCAUGAAGGUGCUUUUAAAUCCAAAGCUUGACCGAUGCAACAGUUUACCAGAAAUCUCUCCCGUGUAUGGACGCAAGCUGAGCACCUCGGCCAGAGGGCUUUUGGAUUGCCUUGUGAAGUUACAGUUAAUAGACCAUAAUCCAAAAAAUGCAGAUGAAAAGGAUGCAAGAUACCAAGAGCUAAUGGGCAUCCUUCAGUCUCUCUGGCUCUGCGAUCCUCAGAAAAACGAGCAGGUGCAAAAGAACACUGGUCACCCUUAUGGGGAUGAUGAGUACAAUCAGACAUCGUCCUCUGGUGUGGAUGUCAACAGCGGCUCCACAGGCUCCGGGAAGAGUAGUGAUGGACUGAAGAGUAGUAACGGUGUGAAUGGUGAUGAGUGUCAACCUCAAAUUAGCACAGACAUAAAGACGGUGCCCAAUGAAACAGAAGAAGAUGCUGAGAGAGAAGGAAAACAAGAGGAAGACGCUCAAGGGACGGAUGAUACAAUCAGAAGCGAAGAUAGUCCGAAGGAACCACCUGAAACACCGUCCUCAGACAAGAGUUCGGGAGAUUCCAGCAGCAGUGGCCAAAAGCUUCCAGAGGAAUACGAAACAGACUGUCAGAUUGACGCCAGUUGCAAGAAGAUGACCCAAGACCUGGAUCCCAUUUGGGUUUUAACCUUAUUAACCAAAAUACAAAAGCAGUUCAUGGCACAUUACAUCAAUGCAAUGAAAGAGUUCAAAGUCCGAUGGAAUCUCGGAGAUGACGAUCAGCUUGAAAUGAUGAUAAAUGAGCUCAAAACAGAGGUUAAUAAAAGAAUCCAGACAAGCAUAGACAGAGAGCUGAGGAAAAUUCACGAUCGAGGGGGCCUGCCGAUUCCUCCCAAGGAAGCAAUGUCCAGGUCCUCCACGACACAGGCAGACAACAGAAAACAGAGACUGAAGAUCAUGCUCCAGCAAUCAGUGGAUUCACAAGCAGAAAAAAGUGAUGAAUCUGCAGCAGAAACAUCUUACAGCGACCAGCGCGGCGAAAACAUAGAUGAAUUCUGCCCGUGUGACACGUGCACAAAGAAGAAAAUGUCUUUUAGGCCAGCUAUUCCAGCAGAAGUCAGGAGUGUUGCACCUGUUGCUAUGGAAUUUGAUCUAAAGAGGAUUCUGCUGAUGAAGACUGGCGUGUCUGUUAACGCAAAGGUGGAACUCGACUGUGCAUCUCUCUCUGGAGAUGACAAUGAAACAAAUGCAGUAGAAAGUCUUGUGGAAAAAGUUAUUGCUACAGCCAUACAGGAAGUGCAAGGCGAUGAAGUACACCGAGCCACUGAGGUCGCUCUGGCGUCUUCAGCAGAUGAAAAGGAAGAAGAUGAUAUGUGUCAAGGUGUGGCUCAGGAAGAUGAAUGGUCAGCAGCUGAGGAGUCAGAGAAAAUACUUGCAGAAGAUAAGAAUGCGGAAGAAAAGAAAACAGAAGAUGAAGGUGAGUCUAGAAGCGAAGAAGAAGGCAAAAUUGAAUCUGAAGUAGAGAAAGGUGAGACAGAGUCCGAGGAAUCUGUGGCUGUUAGAUCAGAUGAACAACACUCUGAUAACGAGGAUGAUGUUGAAGAAGAGGCAAAUGUUGAGAGAGAUGAGACUGAUGCCAACACUGAAGAUGAAACUGAAGAGAACAUUCCCAAAGAUGUCACCGAGAGAGAUAAUGAAUUGCAAAACUAUGAGAAUCGGUUAGAUCUUGGUGAGGCUGUAACAGUUCAAAAUAUUGCCGGCACAAGUGAAGAUGAGCCGAAAGAAGAUGCUACAGAACUUUCAGCUGAAGAGAGUUCUUCAACUAAACAUGAAGCUGACAGUGAGGAAGAAAAGGACACACAGGAUGAUGAUACAGCUGUUGUUGAUGAAGUGGUAAAAGAAGAAGCAAAAACUGAAGAGGACACCACAGUGGAAAGAGAGGAUGCAAUCUCAGCUGAAGAAGAAUUAGAAGAGGUUGAAAGUGAAGGCCCCACCGCUGAAGAUGACGAUACAACAGGGGAAUCUGUGGCAGCAACAGCGGAAGCUAAAUCUGAAGAAGAAGAGGAAAAAGAUGAGGAAGAAGAGAUGGCUGAUAACAAAACAGUAUUUUCUGUUGGAAAUGAAGAAGAGUCCUUAGUUUCUGCAGCAACCACAGCAGAAGACAAGGACGCCGCGGCUGAAGCAGCAGUGACCAUGACAGCAACAAGUGAAGAUGCAUCUGAGAAAGAUGAGGCUGUAGAUGAGAGCGGUGAUGGCGAAGAAGAACCAUGUACUGCAGGGGAAGAUGACUCUGCAGAAAAUGUAGAUGCUACCACAGAUGAAGAUGAAACCCCUGACGAAAAGGAGGCCACAGGUAAUGAAUUAUCAAGUGAAGUGAUUGAGGAUGCCACUGAAGACGAGCUUGAAGUGGAGAAGGAACCGGCACCGACAAGCGAUGAGGAUCUUAACAAAGACACAACAGAAAUCUCUGCAGAUGAAGAUGGAGAUGCAGAAAUGUCCACCAUGGAAGCUGUGAGGGAACAUGGAUUUCAAAAAGAACAGGUUGUGGAAGAAGGGAUGGCCAGCGAGGAAGAGCCAAUUCCUCCCACCAGUGGAGAUGAGUCUUCGGAUGGGGCAGACAUGGUCGACGACUCAUCAGCAGAACCCACUGAAAUGGCGACAACUGAAGAUGAUGAGGCUCUAGAAAGACAGUCUACUGUCACUGGAGGAGAUGAAUCAAAAGAUGACUCUGCUGACGAUGAAACUGCUGCAGAAGAUGCUGCUGUGGCAGCCUCCACCGAUCACGAAUCGGAGAAUGAGGAAGCAGGGACGGCUGACGAAGGUGUCACUGGAGGAGAUGAAUUAAAAGAUGACUCUGCUGACGAUGAAACUGCUGGAGAAGAUGCUGCUGUGGCAGCCUCCACCGAUCACGAAUCGGAGAAUGAGGAAGCAGGGACGGCUGACGAAGGAAAGGAGCCCGUAUCUGCCAGUGAAUCGGACUCAGAGGAUCUUGAACCUAUUUCUGAAGCAACCACAGGCGAUGAUGAAAAUUCAGCAGCAGAGACCUCUGUAGCAGCUACAAGUGAACAUGAGUCCCAGAAUGAUGAUGCUGAAGAAGAAGAAGAAGAAGAAGAAGAAGAGGAAGAAGAAGAAGAAGAAGAAGGAACAGCCACUGACGAGGAGAAGCUUCCUGCAAUCAGUGCAGAAGAAUCUGUAGAUGAAACCAGUGGCACCCCCACAGCUCACGAAUCAUCAGAAGAACCAGACGAAGCGGGAACAACUGAAGACGAGACAGCUGCCGACAAAGAGAUUGUACCAGAGAAUGAGACUGCUGAAGAUGAAACUGCAGCAGAAGGGAGUGAGGAUGAGGAGGACGGAGAAGAAGCCAGCGCUACCAGUGACGGUGAUUCUGAAGAAGAUAUAAAUGCCACCACAAAUGAGGACGAAACUGCAGAACAGAGUGAUGUCAUGUCAAAUGAACAAGCUGAAAAGGACACUGAAGAUGAGCUGGCGGUUGAAAAGCAAGAUGGAGCAACCACAGCUGAAGAUGAGCACGGAGGAGAAACCACUGUCGCAACCACAAGCGAACACGAAUCUGAAAAAGAUGAAGGUGUCGAAGAAGAAAUGGAUGAGAGUGAAAAAGAGUCAGUGACAAAACAAGUUAAGGAUGAUCUUGCUGUCACGAGCGAAGCAGGAGAUGAGAGUGGAGAAGAUGAAACGGGCGCAGCUACAACUGAAUUUGAAUCGGACAAAGAUGCAGUUGCAGAAGACUCCAGUACAAGAGAGUCUGACUCCGAAUAUGCAUCAGCUAAGGGCAAGGAGGUCACAAGUGACGAUGGUGAAGCUGUUGGUGAAGCCACUGCGGCUGAGGAGGAAGAUGAGACAGCUGGAGAUGGGAAUGAGGCUACUACUAGCAGUGGGGAUGAUUCUGCAGAGGGUGGCGAUAACACCACGUAUGAUGAAACAUCAGCCACAGAAAGGGAGAACUCAGGUGGAGAGGAAAUCAACAAAGCUCACGAUGAAUCAACGGAAAAGGAGAACGAGGAAACAACAGAUGGAGAAGAAGCUGAUCAAUGUGAUGCAAAGGCUGAUCGUGAAUCCACAGGAGAAGAAAACUCCAAAGCUGGGACGGAAAACGAAUCAGAAGAAGAAAGCCACAUAUCAGCAGUAGAUGAGAAUGAAUCUGAAAUGAAUGAAACAGGACAAGAGGAUACAUCAAAGGUUACAGAUGACGAUGAGCUGGAAGACGAGGAUUCGGAGGCUAAGCCUGAACUUGAGACAGUAGAUGAGACUGCACACGACUCCACAGAUGAAAAUGAUGCUAAAAAUGCUGACGUGGCGUCAGAUGAAGAGCCCCACGAGACGGAAACAUCAGAAAAAAUUGCAGAAAGCAGUGCUACUGAAGAUUUUCAAGAUGGAGAAAAAACAGAAGAUGAUAAAUCACAGAAUGAGGAACUAGCAGAUGGUGAAACGCCUGGAGAAGAAUCUGAAGAAGGGAUGUCUGCUGAGAAUGAAAGUGAAGACUGUGCAGAAGUUGUAGCAACAGGAGAUGAGGGAGAACACGAAACUCCAGGAGAACAAGAAAUAGAGAAUGAGAUUUCAAAAAGUGAUAGUAAAGACGAAUCCAGAGUAGAGGAGCUCGGAGUUCAAACUGAAAAGGAAGAAUCCACAGAUAAUAUAGGAGAUGAAUCUGUUGAAGAUGAGACGCAACAGCUUAGAGAGGAUAAGGAGGCGGUGAAUGAUGCUGUUAGUGAAUCUGAGUCUAAUCCUGAUAAAGUUCAACAAUUAAGCAAAGAAAGCGAUAUAACAGAUCAGCAUCAAGAAGGGAAUCAUAAUCUAAGUGAUAUCUGUGAGGAUGAUGAAAAAAAUCCCGAAGUCACUGAAAAAGAGGACGUGGAGACUGAGACGCCCAUUGAAGACUGGAGUGAAAACCAUGGGGAUUCGGCUGAUGGAGAAGACGAAGCAGAAGAGGAUUCAGAUGAACCAGAAGAAGAAGCUCAUGAUGAACCGCAGCCUCUUGCUGCAGGCAAGACAGACAUCCAUCAAGAUACAUCUCACAGAGCAGCCAAGGAAGCAUUGUUAAUGCCUGUUGAUGCUUUAAUUAAAGAGUGUGCUGAAUCAGAUGGCGCGUAUGCGGAUGCUGAAGAUUCUGAGACAGAAACAAACACCCGAGAAGACACUACAAGCCUUGAGUCAAACAGUUCGAAGAAGACUCUGCCAAAGAUAGGGAGAAUUAUUAAAGACUGA